AACACGUGUUUGACCCGCACUUUAGUAGUUGCGGGACUGAAGAACAGUUCUGAAGAACCAUGGGGACCGGAGCGAGGAGUAGUGACAGUCUGUGCGGGUAUGCAGGUGUAAUGGCAAAGGAAGAACUUGCUCUAUAAUGCUCUGUGGUGAUUAUAUCCUAUGAUAAAGUCGCGUUUAUUUUUUAUUUUUUUUCUACAAAACCUGGGAAUAUUUGGUAGUUAAAGUCUCGAGAGAAAGCGUGGGCUGUCUUUUCAAGCAAGAAUGGCCAAUGCAAGACUUGAUUACGUUGCUCCGUGGUGGACAUACUGGCUGCACAAUUUCCCCCACUUCAAUUUCUCUUUCCAGUCGGUCGACAACAAUUUCAAGCCGGAGGAGACGAGCUAUCAGCAGUCUCUGAUGUUUCUGGCGUGUGCGGCUGCCAUGGGCCUGGGUCUGAGCCUGCUGGUCGUGGCCGUGUGCCUGGUCUGCGCGUGUUGCGGCCGCAGAGACGUAGACGAAGACACCAAAAGGCCCGCGACCUGCUGUCUCACCUGGUCCGCCGUGGUCACAGGUCUCAUCAUCUGUUCGGCUGUGGGAGUGGGGUUCUAUGGUAACAGUGAGACCAACGACGGGGUGUACCGGCUGACCUACUCGCUCUACAAUGCUGAUCACACAUUGAGCGGCAUCAACGACAUGGUCUCAGGGUCUCUGGGUAAUGCUCAAACCGUGCUCAAAACGCACCUGGACCGCCUGGAUGAAAUAUUUUCGACGAGGCCCGACUACGUCCAAGCUCUUCGCUUCAUGACGCUGAUGGUCAACAACGUAAUCCGUGAGAUGACCACCCUGCCGGAUAUAAACAAAGCCAACGUUGAUUUGUCAGCCAUCGCCGACCAGACAGCCUCCAUUGAGUAUUACAGAUGGCUGACAUAUCUGCUGCUGCUCAUCCUGGAUCUGGUCAUAUGCUUGGCCCUGUGCUUGGGGAUGGCCAAGCAGUCUCGAUGGCUGCUCUUCACGAUCAUGGCGUUUGGAUUGCUGUCUAUGAUCCUGAGCUGGGCCUCGCUGGGAGCUGGCACUGCUACAGCUGUGGGCACCAGUGACUUCUGUGUGUCUCCAGACAAGUUUAUUGUUAACCAAACCAAGGAUUUCCUAAGUGCAGAUGUUGCCCACUAUUAUUUGUUCUGCAGCCCGAAUCUACCAAACCCUUUCCAGCAGUCUUUCACAAUCUGUCAGCGUUCUCUGACCACCAUGCAAAUCCAGAUCCAGGGCUUGCUGCAGUUGUCUGUGCCCGUCUUUCCCACUGCUGAGAGAGACCUUUUGGGGAUCCAGCGACUGCUGAACUCUACCGAGUUCAGUCUGCAUCAGCUUACAGCCUUGCUGGACUGCCGCGGGCUACACAAGGACUACCUGGAUGCCCUAAUGGGUGUGUGCUACGAUGGGGUGGAAGGGCUCCUCUACCUCUCUCUCUUUUCCCUGCUGGCUGCCUGCACACUCUCCGCAAUGCUGUGCGUGAUUUUUAGAGUAUGGACGCUAAUGGACAGCAGAGACAAAGUGUUUGAUGACAUAGAUGAGGAGGAUCCAUUCAACCCCGAAGCUCGGCGGAUGUCCUACAACCCCAGGCGGUCCAACAUCCACAGUUUUUGUAGUUUCACCAGCAGCCUCGGCAGCCAGGCCAGCCUGCAUCCACCUCCACAAUCCGCCUCUAAUGUCAUGCCACCCCCUGAAUACAUGAAUCAGUCCAUGCUUUUUGGAGGGAGUCCUCGCUAUGAGAAUGUGCCGCUGAUAGGGAAAGGAUCCCCACCUCCCUCGUACUCGCCCAGUAUGAGGACCACCUAUCUAUCUAUGACUGAGGCGCAGAUCAGACACUUUGGGACUGACUUCCAGGUGUAGCCUGCUACCUACUGAAUCCUUUUUAGAGAGGCACUUUCUGAGACUCUGGGUUCUUACCGAGGAGGUUGUCUUCACAGCAAAAUCUCGUUUACAGGAUCUGCAGCCCGCUGUCCCAAUCUGAGACACGAAAGCCGACAUGAGAGAGAUUCCGAUGAAAUGCUCUGCAUAUAGUUUUGAACUGAGAUUUCCCUAAAAAGUCAUCUCAAGACUGUUUAUGAUGUUUGGAAAUACUGUCCUCCGAUGUAAGAAUAUCUUGUGGGCCAAAUCAAGAACAUCCAAGAAGAUUGUUUCUAACAUUUUGUUUGCUUCUUCCUGUUGUCCUGUGUCCAGCAUGGAUAUGAUCAUUGACACCAACAUUAUUUUAAUAUGAAAUGGGAUGACUGAAUAUGACCCCUGGACCUUCGGUCGUGUCAUUUAGACUUUUAAAAACCACUUACUCGCUGACAGUAAAUUCAUUUUCUUAUUGGCCUUUAUCUAGUCUUUAAUGGUGGUACCUUAUUUGAAAUGAAACACCACUAUUUCAACCUGUCAAAACCAUAAUAACAAAUGAAAACCAUUCUAAAUGUUGUUUCGUCGUGAAGCCAAAGUUAUUAUUUGCCAUCAAUUUACAUGUUUUCUUUCUCAUUGGGCUGUAUCUCAUGUAUCACCUGCUGAUCAGCUACCAAUGAAAUGGUUGCUGAAGGGUUUAUUAUGAUGUCGCUAUAUUCACAGACCCCCAGCAGUUGCUUUUGGCUAAAUUACCCUGGAUUAAUUGACCACAACAUAAUGGGAUUUGAUUGACUACCAGACAUGCAACACCUGCAAAUUUUGUAAAUGUUUAACUUUUUCUCAAAUAUCCAUAUGCUCAGUACUUUGUGAAUGACAAAUUGUUCUCUUCAGUGUACAAGAAAUCUCUAUGCCUAUCUCUGUGUCGGGUAAUACAUCAAACUAAAUUCAUGUUGACCAUAAAUUAUGUAUUUAAUUGUAUAAUACCAUGUCUCCUCUCACAACUUCUGAAUAAUAUUAGCAAAGACUGAAUAAUAGCAACGCUGACUUGACAUCAGGCUAAAUAUCAUUGUCCUAUGGGAAGUUGAUCUACUUGAGGUCUUGGAAAAAACAAGAUUUUCAACGUGUAACCCUACAGCACCAAACACAUUAUAUUAUUUUUUUGUACAUUCAAAUAACCUUUUCCCAGAAAUGUUCAUAUUUUACAAAUGUGGAUUAAAGCAAAGGACCUCUAGAGAAAAUGGAAAAUAAUUGCUGAUGUUUGAAUAUGCUAAUGAGGCAUUUACUCAUCAAAUGUGUUUUGUUUGCAUACAUCAUUCCCAGAAGAGAAAGUGUUCAUUGGAUGCAGCCAGGUUAAACAUUCUGUGUUUCAUUUUGUUGACAUAAACGUUGAACGUUUUUACACAGAGAAUUUUGAAGUUAACUUUUAACAGAAAAAGUCCACCAUGAUUUGUAUGACCCUGUUGUAUAGAACAGACUAUGAAUGGUAUUAACCAGCUUCCCUGUAAAAAUAUGCAGUAUAUCGAUGGGAAAUAAAGCAACCGGUUUGUUGUAAGGAAUCGCUUCCUGCUCAUUUAUUGUGGAUUUAAAUUACAACGAGACAAAUUAUUGUACAA